GCGCCGGGCGCCGCGCUCGGCGGGGCCGGGGGCGGCUCUCGGGCACCAGCGGGCGUCGGCCGCUCCGGCCGCCUCUCCCCGGGGCCCGCCGGGCACCAGCCCCCCACGCGCCUCACGGGCGGGUCCCCGCGACUCGGCCGACGCGCCGGGGCGGCAGUUUAGAUUGAGGAAAACCUGUUUCUUGGUGUCUAACGGUUCAAGAGCUCAAUUAUGCAGCCGCCACCCCAGGCAGUCCCUUCGGGUGUGGUCGGACCACCUCCGGCCGGGAACCCUCCGAGCACCUUCUGGUCAAGCAGCCCCUACAGGCGACAGGUGGCACCCGGUGGAACUGCAGCUCCUGUCCCUUGCCCGGUGCAGCCCGUCACGGACCCGUUCGCCUUCAGCAGACAGGCACUCCAGAGCCCCGCCAUGGGCAGCGCAGCCCACAGCGGCCUGCAGGGCCUGGCCCCGUCCACCUCACUUCAGCACCCGGGCCAGCCCCUGCGUCCCCUGAGUGCUACUCACGGUUCCCAUGGGCCCUUGGAGCCUCUGCCCAGACCUCUGUCGCAGCCCAGGCCAGAAGCCAGCGCAUUUUCCAGCCUAGUGGCCCCUUCAGCUCCACCAGGGCUCGGGGUGAAUAGGGGUGCUGAGGCUGCUUCCAGCUCUGAAACCCAGGUUCAGACUCCGCCGUAUCUGCCUCAGUACAUUCCAGCAGGUCCUGACAUGUCCAUUGGGGGCCAUAACUCUGGGAACGUGCCAGGGCCCGACAGGCCCUGUAGCGGGCAGAACCCACAUGCUGCUGCCGCACCCCCUGUCGCACCCCCCUCCUUCCCUCUGUCUGCUCAGCCCCUGCCAGGGCAGUGGGGUCCAGCCCAGGGGGGCCUGCCCCCUUCCACUCAGCACUCCUGGCCCUGCCCAGAAGGACCAGUGCCUAUCACGGUGCCCCCUGUCUCCCGUGCUACCCACUUCCCUGCUUCCCUGCACCAGGGCCCCGGCCGUGAGCCACUCAACCCCCCAGUCUCUGUGCCAGCCCCCGGGGCCGGCCUGAGUGGAAACCCCUCAGUGGCAAGCCUGCAUCCUGAAAAUGCGUUCAGGCGGGAUUCCAGAGCUGGAACUGGACUGGCAAGCCAGGAGUUGAGGCCGGCUCCAGGAAUGACUUGGGAGCAGAUGCCCGCCCCUGCCCUGGCUAACCCCGCUGCUCAGGGAAACAGCUCAGAAAGCCAUCUGCACCCCCUGGCAGGAGCCAGGCCGAGCCACGCCCUGCCGCAGGGGGACUCGGGGGCCCUCUCCAUGUUCUUCCAAGGGGGCGAGACGGAGAACGAGGAGAACCUCUCGUAUGAGAAGCCAGGAUCUGCAGCGCCAGCCGACCUGGACGGUGUCGCCCCCAACCCUGGACCUGGCCAUCCUGGUCCCCAGUCAGUGCUCCUCAGAAGUCCCAACAGUGAGAACAUGCAGCAGGGAGGAGACGCACAGGCUUAUUUUUCACAGUCUUUGGGGGUCCAGCACGAGAGACAAACCACUAAAAGUGUCAGCCUUGACCCGUGGGGGGACCCGGCCCGUGCAGGAGCUCCCAAGGCUCCCAGCGCCCAGUACGAGAAUGUGGAGAACUUGGAAUUCGUUCAGAAUCAAGAAGUUCUACCAAGCGAGCCUCCGGGUGUGGAGCUGGCGCCUAGCGAUCAGCCCAGAUACGGGCUCCUUCCUGGGCCGGCCAGCUCCAGGCUCGGCGUCCCGGAUGCAGCGCCGCACCCCGUGCGUCCCGACAGUGCGUCCUCCGGCCACAGCAGCAGGAGCCUCCGCACCCUUCCGGGGGCAGCCAGGCCCCAGGACUUGGCUGGCACCUUCAUUCAGCAGGAAGUUGGGAAGCCCGAAGGUGAGGCUCCGGGGAGUUUUUUCAAGCAGAUUGAUUCUUCUCCCGUCGGAGGGGAGGUAGAUGAGGCCCCUGGGGGCCAGAGUUACCAGAGCAGCCUUUCCCAGCCCCCAACCCCGAGUCCCCCCAAGCCCACGGGGGUAUUCCAGACAAGUGCAAAUAGUUCUUUUGAACCAGUGAAAUCCCAUCUGGUUGGGGUGAAACCAGUGGAAGCAGAUCGAGCUAACGUGGUGGGGGAGGUGAGGGACACGCAUGCCCAGCAGACGCAGCCCCGAGCAGCCGCUGCUCCGCCUGAUGCCUCUCCGGGCAACCUGGAGCAGCCCCCAGACAACAUGGAGACCCUCUUCAUGCCCCGCGAUGGCCCUCUGCCCCCAGCCACGGCCAAGGAGGCCGGCCACGGGCCUUCACAUGCUGUGGGGCCACCCUCGGACGCUGCGCUUCCAACCCCGGAGAAAAGGCCUUUGACUCGUGCCCAGGGAGCUGGGAAGUGUGAGAGCCCGGCGACCACUCUCUGGGCUCAGAACGAGCUGCCUGACUUUGGGGGCAACGUCCUCCUGGCCCCUGCUGCACCUGUGCUCCACGUCCCUGUGAAUCCUCGGCCCCUCGAAGUGAUUCAGCCCCCAGACGAAGGGGUCUUCAGCCAGCAGCCAAGCUCCAGGCCACCGCUGCCGGGCGGGGACACCCUUGGUGCCUCUGAGAAUCUGGAGAAUCCCCCCAAGAUGGGCGAGGAGGAAGCCCUUCCCUCUCAGCAGGUGGCACGAGAUGCCCAGGAGCCUCAGGGCCCAGAGAAAGCUCAGCUGGAGCCGGCACCACCUCCCCUGUCAGGGCACAGAGCGGCUCUUCCAGAACCUUCAGAUGUGGGCAGCCCUCUUGGGCCAGGGCAGUCUCAAAACUCUGCCCAGCCACCUGCAAGCCUGGCCACAACUGACACGGGCCAGCAGCUGCCUCCGCCUCGGCCCCCUCCGACCUCCAGCGUGGCAGUUGCGGCCACUGCCUCAAGCCAGGCAACCGUGCGCCCAGAUCAGCAGUGGCCACAGUCGCCACCCCCGGACUACUACUACUACCGGCCCCUGUAUGAUGGCUACCAGCCCCAGUACCCCUCGCCGUACCCGCCUGACCCUGCCGCGGGCCCCCUCUAUUACCAGGAUGUCUAUGGCAUGUAUGACCCUCGCUACCGGCCCUAUGACAGCACCACGUCAGCAUACGCCGAGAGCUACCGCUACCCCGAGCCCGAGAGGCCCAGCUCCCGCGCCAGCCACAGUUCCGACCGGCCUCCUGCCAGGCGCGAGUGCCCUGAAGGUUACUACAGCUCCAAAGGGUGGAGCAGCCAGAGCGAUUACUACGCCAACUACUACUCGGGCCAGUACGACUAUGGAGAUUUGGGGCGCUGGGAUCGCUACCACUAUGGCUCCAGGUUCAGGGACCCCCGCGCCUACGACCAGAGGUACUGGCACGACGCUGAGUAUGACAUGUACCGGAAAGACAGCUACGCUCACGGGGACAGGUCCGAUAAGUAUGACGACCCUUGGAGGUAUGAUCCCCGCUUCACCGGGAGCUUCGACGAUGACCCCGAGCCCCGCAGGGACCCGUACGGGGAGGAGGCGGACCGGCACAGCGUGCACAGCGAGCACUCGGCCCAGAGCCUACGGAGCCGCCGCAGCAGCUUAAGCUCGCACUCCCACCAGAGCCAGAUGUACCGAGGCCACCACGUGACGGCCGGCUCCUACGACGCCCCGCACCCCCCAGGCUCCUUUCACGGCGACUACACGUAUGGCGCGUACGGGGGCGCCUUCCCGGAAGCCAGCUGGUCCACGGUGGAACGGGCACCCUCGAGACCCACCUCUCCCGAGAAAUUCCCGGUGCCGCACCUCUGUGCCCGCUUCGGUCCCGGGGGUCAGCUCAUUAAGGUGAUGCCCAACUUGCCGUCGGAGGGUCAGCCUGCGCUGGUGGAGAUCCACAGCAUGGAGAGCCUGCUGCAGCACACGCCCGAGCAGGAGGAGAUGCGCUCGUUCCCCGGGCCUCUGGGCAAAGAUGACACGCAUAAAGUGGAUGUUAUUAAUUUUGCACAGAAAAAAGCUACAAAGUGUUUACAGGAUGAGAAUUUACUUGACAAAGAAUCUGCGAGUCUUCUUUGGAAUUUUAUUGUGCUGCUGUGCAGACAGAAUGGGACUGUGGUGGGAACAGAUAUCGCGGAGCUGCUGUUACGCGACCAUAAGACCGUGUGGCUUCCCGGGAAGUCGCCCAAUGAGGCCAACCUGAUUGAUUUCACCCACGAGGCGGUGGAGCGGGUGGAGGAGGAGGAGUCGGUGGAGGCGCAGCUGUCUUUCCUGGGUGGCCAGCCGCCGCCCGCCAGCACGCUGGAGAAGGAAGUCGAGAGGUUCCGGGAGCUGUUGCUGUACGGCCGCAAAAAGGAUGCUCUGGAAUCUGCCAUGAAAAACGCCUUAUGGGGCCACGCUCUGUUGCUUGCCAGUAAGAUGGACAGCCGGACACACGCCAAGGUCAUGACCAGGUUCGCCAACAGCCUUCCCAUCAAUGACCCCCUGCAGACUGUCUACCAGCUGAUGUCGGGCCGGAUGCCUGCGGCGUCCACGUGCUGUGGGGACGAGAAAUGGGGGGACUGGAGGCCGCACCUCGCCAUGGUUCUGUCCAACCUGAGCAGCAACAUGGAUGUGGAGUCCAGGACGAUGGUCACCAUGGGCGACACCCUGGCUUCCAAGGGCCUUCUGGACGCCGCCCAUUUCUGCUACCUCAUGGCCCAGCUCGGAUUCGGGGUGUACACCAAGAAAUCCACAAAGCUGGUCUUGAUUGGCUCGAACCACAGUUUGCCGUUUCCGAAGUUCGCGACCAACGAAGCGAUUCAGAGGACAGAAGCCUAUGAGUAUGCUCAGUCCCUGGGGGCACAGACCUGCGCGCUCCCCAACUUCCAGGUGUUCAAGUUCAUCUACUCUUGCCGCCUGGCCGAGAUGGGGCUCGCUACGCAGGCCUUCCACUACUGCGAGGUCAUCGCCCAGAGCAUCCUGGCCCAGCCCCACAGCCACUCCCCGGUGCUCAUCAGCCAGCUGGUCCAGGUUGCAUCCCAGCUGCGUCUCUUCGACCCUCAGCUGAAGGAGCGGCCCGAGGAGGAGUCCUUCGUGGAGCCCGCCUGGCUGACCCAGCUGCAGCGUGUGGACGAACAGGUCAAGGAGGGCGCUGUGGUGUGGCGCCAGGAUGCAGCUGUCCCGCAGUGCCGUCCCAGCUCACCCAGUUCUGACGUGGGCUCCUGCGAGGGCCCGGGAUCAGCUCUGCCCGCAGGCCCGGGCCCUGACAACCCGCUGCUGGCCCCCCCGAUGCCAGCUGCUGAGCCGCUGGGCCAGAGUGUGCGGCUGCUGCCUUCAGCGCCGCAGAGGCUCCCCGGCAGCCAGCCGGCCCUCCCCGCAGGGGUGCCCAUGUUUCCUGUGCCUGCGCCCCCAGGACCCGCCCUGGGCUUUCCGGAACCCUCGGUGCCCGAUCCCACAGCUCUGUACCCCGGGCCUGGCCUGCCGCCCGGCGGCCCACCUCUCCAGGAGCCAGGAGCGACACUGCAGGAGGCCCCCGGCAGACACCUGCUCCCGGAGCUCAGAGAAGGGGAUGUGGGCGGAGCCCUGCCUGAUCUGGGUCCCCCCAGGGUGCCGCAGGACUACGAGCCCUCUGUGGGGUGGGAGCCACCGCCUCCUGCCCCGUCGCCCAUCCAGGAUGUGAAGAGAGCCGCACCGGCCAAAAAGGAGCCCAAGGAACCUAAGAAGAGCAGCGAGCCCUGGUUCUUCUCGCGCUGGCUCUACGGCAAGAAGCGGACCGAGGCGUACCUGCCUGACGACAAGAACAAGUCGAUCGUCUGGGACGAGAAGAAGAACCGCUGGGUGGAUGUCAACGAGCCCGAGGAGGAGAAGAAGGCUCCGCCCCCACCCCCCACCUCACUUCUGAAGGCUCCACAGGCUGCGCCCCCGGGGCCUGGAGGGGCCCCCAGAGCCUCUGUGAACAUGUUCUCUAGGAAAGCAGCGGGCUCCAGGGCGCGCUAUGUGGACGUGUUGAACCCCGGGGGCACCCAGCGCAGUGACCCGGCCUUGGCCCCUGCAGACUUCUUCGCCCCGCUUGCUCCGCUUCCCAUCCCAGCCCUCGUGGGAGGCCCACAAGCAGAUGCAGACACGCUGCCCUCUGCAGAGGGACCCGAUGCGGACGGAGAGGAGCCCAGGGCUCCGGGCGACGCCCCUGCUGCAGGGCAUCCCCCUGGGGGGGCAGUGCCUUUCUACAACCCUGUGCAGUUUACACCAGUGUCUGCCACCUCAGGAAGCUCGCGGGCGGGACGCCUGGGCGCGAGGAAACAGGCUGCGCUGAGCUAGAGCCUCGCCCGACCUCACCUCCGUGUCUCAGAGCCCACCAGCCCUGAGAAGGCAGCAGGAGGCCCCACUCGGGUCCCCACCGUGAGCCGCUCUCAGCAGCUGGACUGGCCCCGAGGUGCUGGGCGGAGAGUACGGGCCUCUGAGCCCACAGCACCGCAGAGCCCGAGAGCGCCUCACAGGAGGGCUGAUCCGCCGUCCCCGGCCUCUUCCUGGGCAGAAGCUACUGAAACGGGCCGUGGGCGUGUGCCCUCCCGACCCGGGACCCUGCAGGGCCCUGGAAGGUGGGCCGCGCUCACUGACACCCCGUGAGGCCUGCAGGAAGUGGCUUACAAUAAUUUCUGGCAAAGCUCUGGAAUCUGAUACUUGCUUGGUUCUCUUCUGCCGCUGCCCCUGACUCAGCCAUACCGAAGCGCCAGACCCCAGGACUGGAGCCUGAUGGCAGCGGCCAAGAAGAGCCAGUCCGAGCAGGUUCUUGACCAAAUCAGUGGGCGCUUUCUCUGUAGGUUCUGCUUGGUGUAUCGAAUCUGUAGAAAUUGUGCACAUGUGGGGUCACCAGUCCUUCCCGCUCUCCUGGAUCACCCGAUCACUAGGGAAGACAGUACUUUCUAGAAUCUUCCACAGUGCGACUGGAUCCGCUUGUCUCCUGGGAAAGACCGGGCAGCUUCAGCGCCUGCCAGGCCCCUGGGGUCCCAGCUGAGGCCAGCCCCUUCCUCCAGCGACCGCCGGGACCCCCACUCAGAGGCGUCCUCCGAGCGGGAGCUGCUAUUUUUCCUAAAUGCAAAUUGUUUCACUGCAGAUUGUUAAAUAAAUAUUUUGCGCUCUCAGGA